CUAACGCGGCAAUGUUUUUCUUGAUGUCGUUAUUCUUCAUUUUUUCAAUUUUUCAUUCUGUUGAAGAAUUCGGUGAAAUUUCGGUUGAUAUUUAAAUUAAAAACGCGUGAAUUUCUGAAUAUUUGACAUAAUUAUAUUCGUUGAAGCAUGAAUUAAUUCUUCGCAGAUUUAAAUUUGAUCCGAAUCUUGCUUGAUAUUUUCGGUCGAACACAUCGGCGAAUACUCCUGAGGCUGUGGAAUAAAUAGCGGCUGUACACGGUUUUCAUGUGCGUUAUUGCUACGAUAGAGUAAUCGUAAGUUUCCGUUGCAAAAUCGGCAUCGAGAAUGGAAACAGCCAGCGAUUACGAAGGUGACAACGGUUCCUCGUCGCCUCCUAGACCACGAUCGCCCGCAUCUUCGGCCAAUUCUCCGUAUUCAAAUUCAGCUCAGUCGCCUAGAUCACCGGCCGAUUCAUCACCGUCGUCUGGUAACUUUCAUCCCAGAACACCGCUAUCUACUCCUCCUCAAUCACCAAAAUCCGCCGCUUCACCCAAGUCCCCUAGAUCGCCUCGAUCUCCGGCCUCGCCAAGAGAAGCAUCGAGAUCUCCCGCUUCUGUGCCCAGAUCGCCUAAGUCGCCGGAAUAUGACGAUAAUGCUGAAACGCAACGAGCUCCUAGGUCUCCGGAUUCGCCGGAAUAUGAUGAUAAUGCGGAAACGCAACGUUUACCAAGGUCUCCUAAAUCACCGGACGAGUAUGAUGACGAAGCAGAAACUCAGCGAUGUAAUCCUAAGUCGCCUAAAUCGCCAGAGUACGACGAUAAUGCCGAAACUCAAAGGAGAUCAGUGUCCAGGGACCACUCACCCGCUUCCAUCCGAUCCGCUGGUAGUGUUCCGACGUCUCCUAAAUCGAUGGAAAUCGACGAUAUGGCGGAAACUCAGCCAAGACCUAGAUCCAGAUCCGGAUCACCGACAAGUGCUGGCUCACCUGCUUCGCGUAAAUCGCGUUCACGUUCUCGUUCUAGAUCACCGAGUCAGCCGGCAUCUCCGGCUCGAGACAGAUCCAAAUCAAGAUCAAGAUCUCCGAAUGCUGAUGAGUCUCGAGCACGUUCGCGAUCAAAAUCCGGCUCUCCGGAAGCCAGAUCGAGAUCCGGGUCAGUGAAAUCCAGAGGUUCAAGAUCUAGAUCCAAUUCAUCGGCCAAAUCUAGAUCUAGGUCGAGAUCAGGUUCUCCGGCAAGGUCUCGAUCAGGAUCACCUGCCAAGUCUAGAUCAAGGUCGCGAUCGGGAUCUGCUCCGAGGUCCCGAUCCGGAUCACCUGCCAAGUCUAGAUCAAGAUCACGAUCAGGAUCUGCUCCGAGGUCAAGAUCGGGUUCAAGGGACAGGUCUGAGUCGCCAGCCAGAGCAAGAUCCCGUUCCGGUUCAGCUGCGUCGUCGAGGUCACGAUCAAGGUCACGUUCCAAGUCUAAAUCUAGAUCAAGGUCUAGGUCAGUUUCUUCGAACAGAGCAAGAUCAGCGUCUCGUUCGAGAUCGAGAUCAAGAUCAAGGUCGCGUUCACGGUCUAGAUCAGGUUCACGAGCAUCGAGAUCAGGGUCAGAAGCGAGGUCUAGAUCGGGAUCGAGAUCCAGGUCAGGGUCUAGAGAUUCUAAAUCUAGAAGCCGGUCACCGUCGGCUAAACGAGUAUCAGAUGGAAAUCAAUCUGAAAAUGAAGACGGUGCCGUUAGAGCUAAACGUAACAAAAAAUCCGUAUUGUCGGAUUCCGAAGAUGAAGACAUCAUUCCUCGAAAAAAGAAAAGAGCUGGAUCUGAAGCGAAAUCUGGAUCCGAUCAAUCUGGAAGCGAAUCGGAUAGCGACGGUGGCAAGAAAAAGAAAAAACGUAUCGCUCAAGUUAUGUCCGAUUCUGACGACGAAGGUAAACGAGAUGAAGAAAAAGGAUCAGGAAGUGAUGCCGAAAAAGCUGACAAUGCUGAUGGCCAGGCUCCCGCUAAUGAUGAAAUUUUACCAAAUAUAUCUGACGAAGAUUCCGAUGACGAUAGACCGCGAGGAGAUAACGCCGAUUUCGCCUCCGAUUUUGAAUUGAUGCUGUUACGUAAAAAAGAAGAAAAAUCUGGACGUAGACGUAAAAAGGAUAUCGAUAUUAUCAACGAUAACGACGAUAUUAUUGCUCAAUUGAUUUCCGACAUGAAACAUGCCGCUCAUGAGGAUCGUAGACUGAAUCAAGAAUUGAAACCGGCUACAAAUAAAGUAGCCAUGUUACAUAAAGCUUUAUCGCAGCUACGAAAACACGACUUGCAGUUAGCGUUUAUUGAACAUAACGUUUUAUCAGUACUAACCGAUUGGUUGGCUCCAAUGCCUGAUCGAAGUUUACCAUCUUUAGUCAUCAGAGAGUCAAUUUUGAAACUAUUAAAAGAAUUUCCUCCUAUUGAUCAAUCCUCGCUGAAACACUCCGGUGUAGGAAAGGCUGUUAUGUAUUUGUAUAAACAUCCUAAAGAAACCAAGGAAAAUAAAGAACGAGCUGGUAGAUUGAUUAACGAAUGGGCGAGACCCAUUUUCAAUCUAUCUACGGAUUUCAAAGCACUCAGCAAAGAAGAAAGAAUGCAACGUGAUCUAGAACAAAUGCCGAAACGUCGAAGAGAAUCUGAUACCGAAGAAUCACCCGCUAAAAAAGAUAACGAAAGACCUCUCAGACCCGGAGACAAAGGCUGGAUUGGUAGAGCCAGAGUUCCUUUACCUUCAGAUAAAGAUUACGUAGUUCGUCCUAAAUGGAAAUCUGAUGUUGACAUGACUCGAACAUCGAAGAAAAAACCAAACAGAUUCGAGAAACAUUUGAAAAAUUUCGUCGAUAAUCGUCGUAACACAAAAAGCAGAAGGGCUGUGGAAAUUUCUAUUGAAGGAAGAAAAAUGGCGUUGUAAUUUUCCAUCAUCACUAUAUAGUUUUUUUCAGUAUUUCCUGAAAAUAUUUUUACGUUUUUUUUUUGUAGAUUUUCCCUUUGUUUUGUUUCGUAUAUUUACCAGUUGUGUACCUAUCGAUUCGAGUUGUUGUUUUUUUUUUUUUACGAGAGUACUCGUAUUUUUAUCUUUAUUUAAUAGGCGUAAAUGUAAAUAAAUAUUUCUUUUUUACGUUUA